UCUUCUCUUUCAUGACCAUAUCCUCAAUUCCUCCGUUUCAUUCUUAUGGAGCUCUUGCAUCGCCGCAAGCCGAAAGCGAAAUAAUCUCUGAUGAGGAGAGAGAUAUUCUUCAAACUGUACGCCCAGGCUACGGUACAGGGAGCAUAUUUUCUACUUCAUUCAACAUUGUAAACGCUACAGUUGGUUCAGGCAUUUUGGGUGUUCCAUAUGCUUUGCACUGCGGAGGCUUUAUAGGCGGCAUGGCCAUUUCAGUCUUUGUAGGCUUCCUCACUGCCGUCAGUUUAAUGAUGAUGAUUCGAGCUGGCAUACGAUCCAAUAUCUUCAAGUUCGCACAACUUUCUGAACGAGCACUGGGCCGUCCAGGAUUCCAUCUCCUCAAUCUGUUUGUUUUCAUCCAAGCGUCAGGAAGCUGUAUCAGCUACUUCAUUAUCAUUGGUGACACCAUACCGGUCCUACUUGGGCAAUUAUGGCCAGAAAAUGCACUACUUGCCAACCGUCAAUUUGUCAUAGUGGUGCUAUCUUUGCUGCUUAUAUUCCCAUUGAACUUGGCAAGAUCCAUUGGUUCCUUGGCCAAGGUGUCCGUUUUCUCAGUUCUGCUCCUGCCUAUUAUUAUCCUUACAAUCAUCGUGCGAGCUCCCGUAUAUGCUCCACAACAUCAUGCGCCAGUUACCAUUUUUGGACCUAGUGUUCUAGACGCGCUGGGCAUUCAGGCCUUCGCCUUUGCGUGCUCCCACGUCGCUUUCAACAAUUAUCUGUCGCAAAAGAACCAAACCGUGGUUGCCUGGACUUGGACUUCUGUUAUCUCGACUUUCUCAAGCUGGACGGCUACCAUGAUGUUUGGUGUUUUGGGCUACUUUGCUUUCGGUCAAGACGUGCAGCAAAAUCUUUUCAACAGUUUCCCAGCCGAUGAUUUGAUCAUUAACAUUGGCCGCUUCCUGCUUGCAGUGUCUUUGAUCUUCACUGUUCCAAUGGGAUUUUAUCCUGCUAGAGAAGCACUUCAAAAGUCGCUUGGAAACGAUACCCCUGAUCGCCAACCUACAAAAGUCCAACAUUACACAGUAACUGUCGCCUUGUUCAUAGGCAUGCUAUAUAUUGGUGCCACCGUUCAAUCUCUUGGCAAGGUUUAUGCCUUUGUGGGUGGUUUGGCCAGCAGUUUCAUUGCUUAUAUCAUACCCGGCAUCACCUACCUGAGUAUCUUCAAGCGAGCGCCUCAAUUGACUGCUCAAUCAGAGACGAGCUAUUUGAACCAGGAUGAAUUUAAAGAUGAAAAUGCCGUACCAACUUGGUGGAUGGACAUCACAGCUGUCGUGCUCGUUGUUUUUGGCGUUGGUAUCAUGGUGCUCACCGUAGGAAAGGCCAUCUGGAUGUAGUCGAUAUACCUAAAGACAGGACUUGUACAUAGAAUAUUAUCCUUUUGCUUUAUAUCUGGUUAUGCACUUGUUUAUUGCCUGGUUAUACACCAGCUUCCAAUUAAAUUUGUAUUAAAGUCAAUUCGUGCGGUA